AUGAGUUCAUCAACAGGACAUAGAGAUGACCAUUAUGCGUGGGCAUUCAAAUCGACCGUAACAGAUAGUUACAAAAGAAAUCAGCCCAAUUCAAGAUGUAAAUCUUGUCGAAUUUUAAGAAACUAUCUACAGAACCGUGCUUUGACUACCAUAAAUUUAAAGAGAGUAGCUCAUAAAAAACGAUGUGAUUCACCUUCUACUCUUUACCCUCCACAAAUACGAGCAUAUCUUUGCAUGCCCUCCAUCCCGAAAGUAAGGUCUUUCGGACAGCAUUUCACACCAGGAAGUACAACUUUUGUGGUCAACUCAAAGUACGGUGCGCUCUCACUAGAAUGA